CUUUUUAUUUUUUAUAAUCAUAUAACCUUUUUUAAUAACGAAUAUUUGCCUUUUUAUAUUUGUUUUAUUAUCUAUGAUUUGUCAAUAAAAUAAUGUCAAAGCAAAUACAAAUCGUAUUCGAAAAUCAUUGAAGUAUAAUGUCCUAGUCGCAAAUUAUAGAUUAAAUCUCAUGAUAAAACUAUAAUCUUCGGGGGUUUCCUGUUGAACAGUGUGCCUGCUACGCGGCUAAGGCUUGGUGCGGCAAUAAUGAGUAAGAUUAUUACACGACAGACUAAGGAUGUUGUAUAUAAAGUGUACAAGUAUUUUGAAAGUCGCAAAAAUGACCGGUCGACGAUUGAAUACGCAAACGAUAUUAAUUUGAAAAAAACUGUUUCUGAAGCGACCGGUUUUUCGGAAACCAGCAUUCAAAAAAUCAUAAAAGAAGCGAGAUCCAUGGAGGCACAGGGCAGCACUUUCAAAUUACCACAAAACAAUAUAAGUCCUAAAAAAAGGAUUGAAAUUGACAGUUUCACGGAAGGUGUCAUUCGCAGAAAAAUUACACAGUGGUAUAAUGUCAAAAAAUGUAUGCCGUCGUUGAAAAAGUUAAAUGCGGAGUUAAAACAAGACGAUGUUCUUCAUUGUUCACGUGAGUACUUGAGACAGACAAUACGUAGGCUUGGUUUCAAAUAUUUAUCAUGCCAGUCAAAGCGAAAAAUAUUGAUUGAACGUCACGACAUAAUGCGCCUACGGUGGCAUUACAUCAGACAUAUAAAAAAAUACCGCCAGGACGGUAAGUCAAUAAUUUUUCUGGAUGAAACUUACGUGAAUCAAAACCACGCGACACAAAAAUGCUGGCAGUCUAAUACGGAACGUGGGGCUAUGAAAAACAUCGGUAAAGGACCUCGGAUAAUAAUUGUACACGCUGGCAGCCGCAAUGGCUUUGUACAUAAUGCUUUACUGAUGUUCAAAUCACACUCAAAGACCGGUGAUUAUCAUGGUGACAUGAAUGCCACAAAUUUUCGAAAGUGGAUUGAUGAAAAACUUACACCAAACAUUCCUCCAAAUUCUGUUAUUGUUAUGGAUAACGCAGCUUACCAUAGCACUCAAAUCGAGAAGAAGCCUACAAUGAGUUCCCUGAAAAGUGACAUGCAGCAGUGGCUAGAACGCAGGGGUGUUCAGCAUGAUAGCUCUAUGCGUAAAUGUGAUUUAAUGAAAGUAAUUGAUGAGCAAAACACAGAGAAAAAAUACAAAAUUGAUGAAAUUUUGAAAGAAAAUGGCCAUAUCGUGCUUCGCCUACCCCCAUACCACCCGGAUUCGUGA